AUGCGCGCCGGCAACAAAAAGACGAAUUUGCCUGAUUUCCCCGCGAGAACCCGAUUCGCACCGUCGCCAACCGGAUAUCUUCAUCUAGGCUCCCUGCGGACAGCAUUGUUUAACUAUCUUUUGGCUAAGCGGACAGGAGGACAGUUUCUGCUACGAAUUGAGGAUACCGAUCAGAAACGCACUAUUCCCGAUGCUGAACAGAGGCUUUAUGAGGAUCUUCAAUGGGCUGGACUUCAGUGGGACGAAGGUCCUAAUGUUGGCGGUUCCUACGGUCCGUAUAGACAGGUGAGGCUCUCCAAUGCGCUGAUCAAUCCAACCCCAAAGAACGCUAUACUAACCAUCUAUCGCACACACGCCCGUGAUCUAAUCAACAAUGGACACGCAUACCGAUGCUUUUGCUCUGCGGACCGACUCGAUGCGUUCGCAAGACAUCGCAGUCAAGCCGGACUACCCCCGGGUUACGAUAGAAAAUGUGCGGAGGUAUCAGCCGAGGAAUCCGAAGACAGGGCAGCGAAGGGAGAGGCGCAUGUGGUUCGACUGAAGGUGGAGGGAUAUCCCAUGUUCGAGGACAUUGUUUAUGGGAAGACUGGCCAGAAUCGCUCGCCGAACAAGCUGGACUUGAUUGAUCGGGUGUACGACGACCCCAUCUUGAUCAAAUCGGACGGACAUCCGACUUAUCAUCUCGCCAAUGUGGUUGAUGAUCACCUCAUGAAGAUUACCCAUGUUAUUCGAGGCACUGAAUGGAUGCCCUCUACCCCUCUGCAUGUUGCUCUAUACAAUGCUUUCAAAUGGACGCCGCCCCGUUUCGGCCAUGUACCUCUUCUUGUGGACAAGUCUGGGCAGAAGCUUAGCAAGCGAAAUGCCGACAUUGAUCUUACCUUCUUCAAGGAUACGCAAGGAGUGUUCGCCGCUACACUGGUAAACUUUGCCGCUCUGUUGGGCUGGUCUCACACUCAAAAGUCAGACAUCUUCAGCCUUGAAGAACUGGAGCAAAUAUUUAACCUCAAAAUCACUAAAGGUAACACUGUUGUCGCCUUUGAGAAGCUUUGGUUCCUGCAGAAAGCACACGCACAGCGCUUUGCCACGAAUGGUGGUCCCGAGUUUGAAGAGAUGGUUUCCAGAGUCUCUAGGGCUGUGGAGGAGACAUGCCCUUCGCAACAGCUCGCACCGAUCCUUCAAUCUCGCUCCCUAGCGGAGUAUCUCCCUCUUCUCCUCCGCGCAGACGCCAAAUCCUAUACGAAUGCAUCGGAGUUCAUCCAGCGCAACUCCACCUUCUUCACCACUACCCUUAAUAGACCACCGUAUGCCCCAGCUGCCUCUGCCAGCAAGUCACCAUCCCAAACCGUUCCCAUGGCAGCCCUCCACACAGCAGCUGCAGCCCUGAGCCUUGUCCCGGAAGCCCACUGGACCAUUGAAUCUCACAAAUUCAAUAUCACCUCCUACGAUGGCGCCUCCUCCAUCCUCCCUGAAGAAUCAGACGCGGGCAUCCACGGAUCACCCGAGGAAGUGGAAAAGGCCCGAGUCGCUGCCGACAAGACCUUCAAGAAGGAGCUCUACCACUAUCUACGAUGGGCACUGUCCGCAUCAGCACCGGGACCGGGUAUCCCUGAGACUAUGGUGAUUCUGGGCCGUGCCGAGUCUCUGCGACGACUUCAGGAGGCGCAGCAGAUGACUGUGAGCUUGGUGAAUAAGUCCGCUGGUCCAACUAGGGUGGCGAAGGGAGCCCAAUCUAGUGAAAAUCAGGAUAAAACCUGGAUGGGUUCACUUGCUCCAAAGUCAUAA